AUGGGUUUCGAUCUGUAUGCAUCCGUAAAGGAUGUUCGUCUGAUGAAUGCGCGCGGCUGGGGCAUUGACCCGCUCGGAGUGGCCGCAAUCAUCGGUCUUGUGACCGUCUUCAUUAUGUUCUUUAUCAAACAUCAGAAAGAAAACGUCAACAACUGGCAACCUGGAGACGGAGUGGUCCACAACUCGAAUGCUCCUCCAAUACCUCCUCCUGAUGAGGUCGUCUCUCUUCGAAUCUAUCCCAUCAAGUCCUGUCGAGGGUUGGAGGUCGACACCACUCGUUUGAUGAAAACAGGCCUCUCGCUCGAUCGUAACUGGAUGUUCAUUGGAAGCAAGGAUCGGAAGUUUCUCACAAUUCGCAGCGAUCCCAGAAUGACGCUGAUUGACACCAAAAUAAUCGAAAACGAGCAGGGCGAGCAGAUGCUUGAAGUCAGUAUCAGCGGAACGGAUGACAAGAUCGCAAUCCCAGCAUUUCCCUCACAGAAGUGGCUCAAGGAGAAUACCACGCUGGGCACCGUUGAGAUCUGGGAAGCCGACACGGAUGCAUGGGAGUACAGCGCAGAGAUCAAUCAAAUCUUUUGCAAGUUCUUCGACAAGGAAGUCGCAUUGGUUUACAAAGGACCAACGGAUCGUAUGGUGGCUGUGAAUGGCAAGAAAGAACUCUAUGGAUCCGCAACUCCGCACAAAUUCGCCGACGUCAUGAGUCUACAAAUCGCCAGUGAAGCCUCGAUUAAAGAUUUGAAUCGCAGGCUUGGUCACGAGGAAGGCUCGACAGAUGCACUCACGAUCGAACGCUUCAGACCCAACAUCAUCAUUCGCGGUCGAGAGGAUCACCCGUGGGAGGAGGACACCUGGAAGCGAAUCCGAAUCACCACCAUGCUGCGCAAUGAAGAAGCGCUUUACAAGAUUGAUCUUGAUGUUGUCGCGCGCUGUGCGAGAUGCCAAGUUCCCAACGUCAACCCCGACACCGCCGAAAAGCACGCCAAGCAGCCGUGGGAUACCCUGAUGAAGUUCAGGCGCGUGGAUCAUGGCGGAGCUGCGAAGUGGAAGCCGUGCUUUGGAAUGUUGGCCAUCCCCAAAAACGAGGGCAAGGUUGCAGUGGGAGCAAAACUCACCGUUCUUGAGACUACAGACAAGCACUUGUACGCUGAACGCGGUUUCUCUGACCUUUGA